GGGGCGGGGAGCAGGCAGGGGCCGGGCUGGCGCUGCGGCCAGAGAUGCUGUGGGGCCGCGACGGCGCUCAGCAGCCGGGAAUACUGCGUUGAAAACGCCGAGGUAAAGUGACUUCUGAGGACAGAAGUUUGAUGACACAGACCACUGAAUUUCUUUGUUUGGAAUCCACGUUAUGAACCCUUUCUGGAGUAUGUCUGCAAGCUCUGUCCGCAAACGAUCUGACGGUGAGGAGAAGGCAUUAACAGGGGACGUGAUAACCAGCCCUCCACGUGCUGCUCCAAAGAAACAGCUGCCUUGUAUUCCCAAAAACGCUUUGCCCAUAACUAAGCCUACAUCCCCCGCCCCAGCCGCACAGUCAACAAACGGCACACAUGCUUCUUACGGACCCUUCUACUUGGAAUACUCUCUUCUUGCAGAAUUUACCUUGGUCGUGAAGCAGAAGCUGCCAGGUGUCUAUGUGCAGCCGUCCUACCGCUCUGCAUUAAUGUGGUUUGGAGUAAUAUUCAUACGGCAUGGACUGUAUCAAGACGGUGUAUUUAAGUUUACAGUUUACAUCCCUGAUAACUACCCGGAUGGUGACUGCCCGCGCUUGGUGUUUGAUAUUCCCGUCUUUCACCCGCUAGUCGACCCCACCUCAGGGGAACUGGAUGUCAAGAGAGCAUUUGCUAAAUGGAGGCGGAACCAUAAUCACAUUUGGCAAGUUUUAAUGUACGCAAGGAGAGUUUUCUACAAGAUUGAUACAUCAAGCCCCCUAAACCCAGAGGCUGCAGUGCUGUAUGAAAAAGAUGUUCAGCUUUUUAAAAGCAAAGUGGUGGACAGUGUUAAGAUGUGCACGGCUCGUUUGUUUGACCAACCUAAGAUAGAAGACCCCUACGCAAUUAGCUUUUCUCCAUGGAAUCCUUCUGUACAUGAUGAAGCCAGAGAAAAGAUGCUGACUCAGAAGAAGAAGCCUGAAGAACAGCACAAUAAAAGUGUUCAUGUUGCCGGCCUGUCAUGGGUAAAGCCUGGUUCAGUACAACCUUUCAGUAAAGAAGAGAAAACAGUAGCCACUUAAGCGCUGGUGAAUCUGGUGCACCGUGCACUUUCCUGCCGGACUCGGGCCUAGUUAGAGCUGACCGAUGGCAAAGGACUGCCGGAAGAGUAAAACUGUGCGAACGAGGACUGGUAUCAGUGUGUCCGUGGGUGCGUGGGUUCUAACAGCAAGUUUGGGAAACCUCUCUCUAAGUAAUGCAUUACUUCUGUCAGAAGUGUCUUUAGGGUGGUUAUCUAGUUGAGUACUCCAAAUUAUUGGGGACCUCGAGGCUUAAGUAUUUUUCUGAAUAUAACGCUCAAGGUAAGUUACGUUCAUUUAAACUAAUAGAGUAGCAGAGUUCGGCACUCUCGAGACUCUGACAUGCGUGGUUUCAGUUGUAUAUAAUGUCAGGACGAGAAGGAGGUAGAGAGAACAGGUUCCGUAGCUGAUGAGCACUUGGAAAUGGAAGAUCAUCCGAACCUCAGUCCUCAGUCUGCUGUCUUACUGCUUUACAGACUCCUGUCAAUCACUGAGGUACACAUUAGGUGAGUGAGAGGAAACCAGAACACUUGUUCAUAGCUGAGGUUUUUUUUCUUUUUUUUUAAAAGGAAAUUACUUACUGUAUUUUUAUGGCAGGAGGGAGAAAGUGUUAAAACGGUUUCUAAUGAAGUCAGAUAUUUAAAUGAUGAAUGACUAAUGUGUUUUGUAGAAACAAAAAUAAACCAAUAAAUGAU